UGCAGGCGGUUUCAGUUAGUACCGAACCCUCGCGCCAAACAGACGUCGUGCAUUCCAUAGCGGAAACCCGAGCGAACCGCAGACCAAAACAAAAGAAAAACCCAAAAGCGAACUACCAAAAAAGUCGCGUUUCUCGGCAUCGGCAUCGGAAUCGGAAGUUCUUUUUGGCUUGCUGUUGUCGCCGCCGCAGUCGCCGUCGUGACCGAGAGUUGAAUCGCCAUACAAACGCAUGCUGGGCUGCUCCUGGGCAGCGGACAUCUAUGGAAACAUCAUGUGGCUUGGGCCUGUCAUUCCCGAGGCACAGCUACAGCAUCAUAAGGGACUUCAGCGUCAUCAACAACAACAACGACAACAACAGCAGCAACAACAAGAGCGACUACAGCGUGUUGUCUUGUAUCUGAAAACCUAACCUAAUAAUACAAAGAAGAGAGAGAGAGAGAAAAAAAAAAAAAACAAAUUAUAAUCGCCGCUAACAAAAUAAAUCACUAAUCGCUCGCUCGCUCGCUCGAUUGCCCGGUCGAUCGCCUUCAUCAAAUCUAACAAGCAAUAAUAUACAUAUAAAUUAUUAUAUAUCGCAUUUUUGUGUUAUGUUUGUGUGUGUUUUGUUUGUUGUUCGUAAUACCACCCAACCACCACCACUUACCGCCUGCCGUUAACGAUCAUGCAUAGACCAACGCUAGCAAAUCCUAUAACUGCUGCCGGUAUUGCUUCAUCCAUAUCAAACAACAACUACAACUACAAAUCAAAACGCGCACGUCAACUCAGCAAGCCCACAACGGCCGGCACAGCAGCAGGGGCGACAGCUAAAGAGUCUGCAGUCGAUUUGUCAUCGCCACUCUACGAUAACCAUUCGCACUCCUCACUAAUUGACGCUUCAAUUGAUUUAGAACAUUACAUCAGCGCCAUGGAGGCACGACGCAACGAGAGCGAACCGGAUGUGUGGGCUCAGUUGCAGCAAAAGGAAUCGGAUAUACUAUUAGCAGCAGAGCUGGGCAAAGCUUUGCUAGAAAAGAACGAGGAACUGGUGAAACAGCAGGAGAAGCUAAUUGAGGAAUAUUCUAGCAAAAUUGAGGUAAGUUGACAUAUGAACUAAAAAU